AUUUUAUCAGCUAUCUCAGAUCAAAAAUGAAAUUGAUUAGAAUUAUUUGAGGAAAUGCUUACUCCUUAAUUUAUUGCUUAGGGUGACACAGCUUAAGCAGUCUUAUUGAUUUCAUAAAUUUGGUUGAAAAAGGGAUAAAUAUCCAUAAUGGGAGUGAUCAGCCGAAUUGAGGUAUGCAAUUAGCCUUAUAGUCACAUUUUGGAUGGGUGAA